AUGGAUAACUUGGAGUGGAACGCCGGUGUCGCCGAGACACCGACACUGGAUGCCCACACCACCACCCGUAGUCUGCAAGGACAACGAAUGAUGGCAAGAAAGCGGACAGGCUUCAAACCGUCGCCAGCUCAAGAUCUCAAGUUUAUAAAUCUAUCUCAUCCAGAUGACUUAAAUCAACAGCAUGAGGUACGAACGGAGAUUCGUCGUCACGUCAUGAAGGAUAUCGGCCAACGACGCAGGCGUCCACGACCUAAAGAAACCUCUUGGCGGGCCACUCAAACAUCUUCUUCAGAAUCAAGAGACUUUGAAAUUUCUCAACCUCAUGGAACAAAUACAAGCACCAUUUCGCCCAGAUACAAUCUGACCACGGUCGCUCAGUUCCCCAUUGAGGCUGAUACUCGCACCCUCGAACUUAUGCACUUCCUCGUAACAGCUCCAGGCUACCAGCCACUCAAGUCCAUUUGGAUUGAGAUAGCGCUAUGCGACUCCGGGGCAUUCCAUGUGACUCUCGGCAACGCAGCUCAUGCUUUGUAUCAGAUUAGUGGCGAUGACAGAGUGAAAUCUUCGGAGGCUUUGAGUCACUUUGGAGUUUCAACAAGGAUAUUAAGACACCGCCUUAAUAACCACACGGAGAGUACCAGCAAAGGGGUCAUCGCCAAUAUAUUGGGGCAUAUCUGUCUCGCUAUAAGAAGCGAUAAUUGGGAUGGUUGGAGUAUCCAUAUGAAUGGCUUGGGUCUCAUAGCGAACGCUCGUGGCGGAUUCGCCGAUCUCGGAGAUCAGAUGACCCUUCUAAUACUGCUGUACGACUUAGCUGGCUCUAUGGCCUUUGACUCGAAUCCGCGAUUUGAGCUUCCACCACAACUCGUCGGUAUAUCCCAUAGAUAUGCGAGACAACCCGCCCCCCGAUUACAAGCCUUACUUAUCCAGCCCAUGUCCGCUGCAUUCCUUCAUGCUGGUCAAGCAUUGAUUAUGGUCUCCUCAAUUGCGGAUGUCAUCAACAUGAAUAGCCGCAGUGCAUCAUUUUGGAAGAAAGAUCUCGAUGCGAUCCGGUUGAUCGGCCCCUGCAUUCACUUUUUACUUUCAAUGCCAAGACCCCCCAGUGAUUUCAUGAAUAUAUCUGACUCAGAAGAUCUUGUCGUGAGAGAAGUGGUUCGGCUUACCUGUCUUUUGCUCAUGUCGAAACUAAAGGAAUCAUUUGCGUUCCCCCCAAACGAGCAAGAAUUACUACAUGCUAGGCUUGCUGACUUUUUCACUAAGCAUGUCGAGAUACUUGGGAAAAAGUAUAUUGAGCUGAAAGUUUGGGCUCUUGUCACUCUUGCAUUACUGCGAUACCAUGACGGCAAAGAUGUCUAUGUCCAGCAGAUGAACAGGGAAAUGCUUGCAAUGAAUAAAAUGACACCAUCUGAAUUUAUUGAUAUCGCAAGAGAUAUUAUCUGGAUCGAUUUCUUGAUGUCGCCAUUUUCAGAAGAUCUUGCGGCAGAUAUGAACCCCUUUGUUUGA